AUGUUUCUUCUCCAUAGCAGUUUUAGAGAUGGAUUGUCAUUAUCUCUUGGUGUCAUUAGUGUUAUUAGUUGGGGUGUUGCAGAGAUACCACAGAUUAUGACUAAUUACAGUGAGAAAUCCACUGAAGGUCUCUCUAUUGCCUUCUUAACGACGUGGAUAAUCGGGGAUAUCUUUAAUCUUCUUGGUUGUUUGAUGGAACCUGCUACUCUUCCAACACAAUUCUAUAUGGCACUGUUGUAUACAGUGACUACGUCAGUUCUCUAUGUUCAAUCUAUAUAUUACGGCCAUAUCUACCCGCGGUUGAAAAACAGGAGAAAUCAGAUGAUUGAAGCAGAACGUAUAUCAAACAUAAGCAAUGAUGCGAAAAUUGCUGGCAGAUGGAAGAAUGAUACUAUUCCGUGUGAUGGUCAAACCACACCUAUUACUAUAAUUCCUGGGAGUCAUCGGAAUAGUUUUACCGGAAAAGAACUAUUUUACACUUCUGCAAGAUCUUUGUCGAGUAGUCAUACGCCACCUGCUGGAUCUGUCUUAGCUCAGAGAAUGGCUCGUGGUCACAGUGAACCAACUCUUGAAGAGCCCUUGCUUCCUGAGGAUGCCACACCUCCUUCAUUGCCUCCUUCCACCAAAUCGAUGCUAUGCGUGGUCUCGGCGUUCUUCUUUAUUGGAACAUUCAACCUUCCCAAUUUGAUAAGUGAAUCAAGAACUAUGGCUUUGGGAGAGAGAGAUCGAGUAUUUGUAGUUCGAGCAGCAAGAAAACUUUUGCAGGUCACUAGCGGCAACUUAAAAGAAAAUCACGGUGGAGAAAACAGCAAAAUUGGAAUGUUGUUGGGUUGGGCAAUGGCAGCCAUUUACAUGGGUGGAAGACUUCCCCAAAUAUGUCUCAAUAUGAGGAGAGGACAUGUUGAGGGAUUGAAUCCAUUGAUGUUCUUUUUCGCAUUAGUUGGCAAUAUGACUUAUGUUGCAAGCAUACUUGUCAACAGCAUCGAACCGAUAAAACUCGCACCGAACCUACCAUGGCUUGUUGAUGCAGGAGGAUGUGUUGUGCUUGAUUUUCUUAUUCUGCUUCAGUUUUUUCACUUCCGCUGUCGCAAAGACAAAGAUUCCGACAAGAAGAAGCAUGAAACCGCAGAAGCUGUCUAA